AUGCGACGGCUAAGCCUUCUUCCACGCAGGAGCGCUGCAGUUGUGGGCUCCGCUUACGCUCGAUUCGCGACGCCAGCGGCCCCAACGAAUUUAAAGGCUUCAACUCUGGAGUUAAAUAACCCAGUAGUUACGCACACUGCUCACACACCCGUGACACUAACUGCCACUACUGACGCUGCCAGCGGUAAUAUUUAUAGUAGCAAGGAAGUUGAAGCUGAAGUCGCAGUGCCCGCCGCAGGUGCGAAGGAAAAAAUUCAAGCCAGCAGGCGUAAGCAUGUUAAUACAGUUGAGCUUUUGAUAUCCAUGGCAGUUACCCUACAGAAGAAAUCUAGUGGCGCCGCCGCUGCUGCCGUCACAGACAGCGCUUGUGGGGACGAAAAGAAGGAAGCAACCGAUGGGGAUGCAACCGUCGGUAUUGCGCCCCGGCCGGUAGACCCACUGCAACUCCUGAAAGCACUUCGGGCGUAUAUUCGUAGUGAGGACAUUUUGGCCGAGUUGUGUCGUUCCAAGGUGCAGGCCGUACGGCAGCGCUACGUGGCCAUUCGUGCGCGGCGGCAGCGAGUUCCCGCCUUUCAUCGUGAUAUCCUUUUGAGUGAAGUGACCCGCGUUGUUGAGCGGCGCGAGGUGCCAUACAUUGAAGUCGCUCGGUUACUUCGGCCCCAUUGGCCCGCACAACUUAUGGAUGCUUCUGGUGGCCGUUACCAUUCCUUCCUGCAGCGGAGUCUGCUGGCGUGGAUUGCGGAGUUGUUGCGAGAGGGCAAACUCUCACCAGAAGAGGCGCGGUCGGUACUGUCACAGUGCCCACGACUCUUUCAUGGGCAUUUAUCGCUCAUGAGUUCUAUUGUAGAGUGUGCACUCCUUGAUAUCAACACAAUACAAAGCCCUGAUCCAAUCAUAGGUUUGAUGUGGUCUGUGAAUGAAGCGGGCACACAUGCACCAAGCCACUUUUGGCAACGUACCGUGGGUAGGUUGGCACAAUUGAAUCGCUCGUUGAGGGAUACAUUAGGAGAUGCGAUGCAACUGGGGAAAUGUGGGAACGGGCCCAAAGAUGGCACUACCAUCCACAGCGGUCCCGGUGGUAGGGAAAAAAAAGGUGAAAAGGGUAAUAUCAAAAGUAACAACGAUAAUAAGGGGGGUAAUAUUAAUGACACCAAGCAAAACUAUACGGUGGGCCAUGUGUUUUCUGGACUUACAACUAGGCAGCUAUUCCGUGUAUUACGAGUACUUCGAAAGGAAUGCUGGUGCAACGAUGUCUCUACCGUUUACGACUUUGUCGACAAGGCUCUAAAAAAUAUUGCCUUUGAGGUGGAGGCUAUUGGAUCAUGUGAAGCCACUUCUCAAAAGCGCCCAAUGUCAAGGCAAACAAUCACCCAGCGCGUAAAAAAAUCAGCGGACCUCACUCCGAAGGAGUUGCUCUCGCUGUUGAGCAUCGCGGGCGAACUGGGUGUUGACUUCCAUGCAUCACUUGCGAGGACAUCGGACUUUCUCCUGGCGCCAAUGGUACAUUAUUUGGACCGCGAGGAGUUGUUACAGUUGUCUUUAUUUGUUCGAAAGACACGCUGUGAUUCACUAACGCUCGUACAAUCGAUAGCAGAUGAAAUUGUACGGCGUGGGGUGAAUUAUCCACUUUCGGUUAGUCUGAGCAAGGCGGCCCUGCGCACGGCGCUUCAGAAGCCAGUUCUGCUUUCACAACUUACCCUCACACCACUUGUUGAUCAUGUCAUAUCUUUAUGCAGGACGUACGGCUGGUAUAUGCGAGCGUCGCAGCUGCUUGGUUGGGCGGAAGUGUUAUAUGAUCUUUCUCGUCGCUACGCUCCAUCGUCAUCUGUUGGCGUCAACGUACGUUCGUGUGUAGAAGCACUCGCAGCGCCGUUGCGUGCUAUGCUUGAGGCGGGCGUGGUGCCGAUGCCCGUCGUUUCCCGCUUCAUUGAGCUCACGGUUAUUCUCGGCAUGCGCGCAAAGCCACAUCAAUAUACGCAAUCUAUCAAACUGUGGGAGGAGCGCAAUGCUGCGGCGAACGCGCGUAUAACUUUUGCGAAGAGUGUCUUGAAUAAAGAGAGUGACAUGUUGAUUCCGAUGUCGGAGCUCCUGUACGACGCAGCGGAAUUGGAGGAUUCUGGUGAGGUGGGCGAGGUAACCUCCCGUCCUACUGCUGAGCUGUGCAGAGCAGCGCGUCAGGUGUAUGAUGAGCUAAUUUACUUGUUUGAGAUGCAGAUGAUCAUGCGCUCGCCGAUUACACAAAAGGAGGAGGAUCGGCUGAAUGACACGUUUAGUCACGUCGGGUUGUACAACAUUGUUGUUGGUGCCAGAGCCAUGUGGCGGGUACAUCUUCAGCCUUCUUCUUUUCCUUCAGCCAAUGCCUCUUGUGUUGAGGGCGUCGUUCCAUUGAGUUCGCCUCACCGUAUUUCCUCUACACCGCCUCGAGCACUACCUGUGUGGGUGGAGCGACGCAUUAACGCUACCAUCGAGGGCCGCAUAAGGCGGGCGAAUAUAAGCCCCACCUCAACCGACGAGGAUGUGCUCCGUUUGUUCGGGCAACGCCACUGUAACGCAGCAAAAGUGCGUCACUUCAUGCAACUGCUAAUGGAGGAGUCGUCGUUGGUUCUGGUUAAGCAGCAGCGUUUCGUCUGGAUUUUUACGGCGGAACUGGCGCGCCGAUUUGGUGGGGGACAGGAGCAGCAAAUGGCGCAGAAGAUGUUAGCGAAGGUAUUUUGUUAG